AUGUGCCACAGCGGCCUGCAGCACCUAGAAGAUGCUUCCAGAGCCUAUUUCCAGGCUCCUAGCCAAGCCACCAGGGAGAGGGCGGGGCAGCCUCGUAGCCUCCGAGUCCGAAAGUCUGUGCUCGAUCCGGGGCGGAUACCGGAAACGAAGCCCGAAGGGGCGGAACUUCCGCUAGAGACGCGCUGCUACCCGGAACGUGCAUUGACCUACAAUGAUGUGCAUGUGAACUUCACUCGAGAAGAGUGGGCUUUGCUGGAUCCUUCCCAGAGGAAUCUUUACCAAGAUGUGAUGCUGGAGACCUACAGGAAUCUCACUGCUAUAGGCUACAGUUGGGAAGAUCAUAAUAUUGAAAAGCAUUGUCAGAGUUCUAGAAGACAUAUAAGACAUAAAAGGACACAUAUAGCAGAGAUAUCUGAGGAAUGUAACCAAUGUGGCAAAGCCUUUGCAGGUAACAGUACUCUUAUAAUACAUAAAAAAGCUCACACUGGGGAGAAACGUUAUGAAAGUAACCCAUGUGGUAAAGCCUUGGCAAAUAAUGGUUAUCUCCUAAGACAUAGAACUCACAAUGGAGAAAAACCCUAUGAAUGUAACCAGUGUGGUAAAGCCUUUGCAUACAACAAUGGUCUCCUAAUACAUAAAAGAACUCACACUGGCGAAAAACCUUAUGAAUGUAACCAAUGUGAUAAAGCCUUUGCACAGAGGUGUACACUCCUAUUACAUAACAGAACUCACACGGGAGAGAAACCCUAUGAAUGUAACCACUGUGGUAAAGCCUUUGCAAACAGGUAUAUUCUCCUAGUACAUAACAGAACUCACACUAGUGAAAAACCUUAUAAAUGUAACCAGUGUGUUAAAGCCUUUUCAUCUAAACAAAAGCUCCUACUACAUAAAAGAAUUCACACUGGAGAGAAACCCUAUGAAUGUAACCAGUGUGGUAAAACCUUUGCAUCCAACUACGUUCUCCUAAUACAUAAAAGAGUUCACACAGGAGAGAAACGUUAUCAAUGUAACCAAUGUGGUAAAGCCUUUUCGCAGAACAGUCAUCUCCUAAGACAUAAAAGAACUCACACUGGAGAAAAACCUUAUGACUGUAACCAAUGUGAUAACCAAUGUGAUAAAGCCUUUGCAUCUAACACUGAACUCCUAAUACAUAAAAGAACUCACACAGGAGAAAAACGUUAUGAAUGUAACCAAUGUGAUAAAGCCUUUGCAUGUAACAGUAAUCUCUUAAGACAUAAAAGAAAUCACACUGAAGAAAAACCCUAUGAAUGUAACCAAUGUGGUAAAGCCUUUGCAUGUAACAGUGAUUUCAUAAGACAUAAAGGAACUCACACUGGAGAAAAACCUUAUGAAUGUAUCCAAUGUGGUAAAACCUUUGCACAGAGGUAUACUCUCCUAGUACAUAACAGAACUCACACUGGAGAAAAACCCUAUGAAUGUAACCAAUGUGAUAAAGCAUUUGCACAGAACAGUAGUCGCCAAAUACAUAAACGAACUCACACGGGAGAGAAACCUUAUGAAUGCAACGAAUGUAGUAAAGCCUUUGCAUGUAACAGUGUUCUCCUAAGACAUAAAAGAACUCACACUGGAGAGAAACCUUAUGAAUGUAACCAAUGUGGUAAAGCCUUUGCAUAUAACAGUGUUCUCCUAAGACAUAAAAGAACUCACACUGGAGAGAAACCUUAUGAAUGCAAUGAAUGUCGUAAAGCCUUUGCACAGAACAGUCAUCUGGUAGUACAUAAAAAAAUUCACACUGGAGAGAAAUCUUAUGAAUGUACCCAAAGUGAUAAAGUCUAUGCAUUUCAGAGUAGUCUAUAAAGUCUAUGCAUUUCAGAGUAGUCUCUGAAGACAAAAAGAACACAUCCUGGAGAAAAACCUUAUGAAUGUAAGCCGUGUGGAAUCACCUUUUUACAACAGUCUCAUAAUAAAGUCUUUUCAUGUAAGAGUCAUCUUG